CGGUGUAGACUGUAGCUUGGCCCUGCGGCAUCCGUUUGCCCUGCGUCUGUCGGGUGCCGGGCCAUCCACUGGGAGGACGCGGACUCCGCGGUAGUCAAGCCACAAUGGAACAGUUGACCUUCAGGGAUGUGGCCAUUGAUUUUUCUGGAGAGGAAUGGGAGUGUCUGGAUUCUGAACAGCAGAAUUUGUAUACAGAUGUGAUGUUGGAAAACUAUAGGAACCUCGUUUUCCUGGGUCUUGCUGUGUCUAAGCCAUACCUGGUUACCUGUCUGGAGCAAAGGAAAGAGCCCUGGAAUGUAAAGAGGCAAAAGACCACGGCCUUGUUCCCAGCCAUGUUUUCUCAUCAUCGCCAAGACUUCUCACCAGAGCAGAACAUAAAGUAUUCAUUCCAGGAACUCAUCUGUGGACCUCGUGGAGAGUGUGGCUUUGACGCUCUGUACUUCCCAGGAGAAAGGGACCGUGUUGAGGAGGGUGACAUCCUGAGAACCUGCUAUAACGGGCACAACCCAUUUCUGACAGCUGGCAACAGCAAAAGCUUUACUCCCAGGAGAGAUCGGGAACAGGAGACGGCUCAUGAAAACCCUCAGGUGACGCCAGUUACUUGUGAGGAGCCGUGCGCUUCAGUCAUUAAACAGCAGAGUCAGUUUUUGAAGCAGACCCCUUCUUUUAAAGAUAAUUUGGGAAAUCCACAAAGGGGUCUAGUUCAUUCUGCAGCUACCGACUUCAACAAUUUCAAGUGUAGCUUUGGGCUAAGCUUUCAUUCAAACAUUUUUGUAGAUGGGGAACUUAAAAAUGAAGGAAAACAUUCUAAAUGUAAUCAAUUUGAGAACUCCAUCAUGAAAAAUUCGUUAGUAUAUAAUCAACAAAUAGGUCUUCCAUGUGCCAAAACACAGAAUUCCCAUAAGUAUGGCAGAUUUUUUUCACAUCCGGUAUCACUGAACCAAAAUUCAAGUACAGAUAUUUUGGAAAUUCAGUAUAUAUGUAAAGAAAAUAGGAAGGCCUUCACUGAGGAGUCCAGCUUAAGUAAUCUCCAGGACGUGUAUAUCGGAGAGACAGUUUAUGAGGGUAAUGAAAAUAAUAGUGACUUAAACCAAGAGUCAAAUCCUGCCAGUCAUCAGUCUGCUCAAUUGUACAAAUGUUACAAAUGUGACACAGUCUUUCACCAGUACUCAGAACUUAUUAUCCAUCAGUACAUCCAUAUUCAAGAUCAGAUUUCCAAGGAUAUGGAUUGCGACACAGCUUUCAGUCAAAGUUCAAGCCUUACCAGAAGUCAAGCUGGAGAAAAACCCUACAAAUGUAAGGAAUGCGGCAAAGCCUUUACCUACUGCUCAAGCCUCAGGCAACAUCAUAGAAUUCAUUCUGGAGUCAAACAGCACAAAUGUAAAGACUGUGGCAAAGCCUUCUACCAUAAAUCACUCCUCACGCAGCACCAGAGCAUCCAUGCUGGGAAGAAACCCUACUGCUGUAAAUUUUGUGGCAAAGCUUUCAAUCAAAGAUCGACUGUUACUCAGCACCAGAGGAUCCACACUGGAGAGAGGCCCUACCAUUGUAAAGACUGCGGCAAAGCCUUUCAUCAAAGAUCGAGCCUUAGCCUGCACCAGAGAGUUCAUACGGGAGAAAAGCCCUACAAAUGCAAAGACUGUGGCAAAGCCUUCAACCGUAACUCACUCCUCACUCAGCACCAGAGAAUUCACACUGGAGAGAGGCCCUACCAUUGUAAAGACUGUGGCAAAACUUUUAAUAAAAAGUCAAGCCUUACUCAACACCAGAGAAUCCAUACUGGAGAGAAGCCCUAUUCUUGUAAAGACUGUGGCAAAGCUUUUAAUCAAAGAUCCAGCCUCAGCCUACACCAGAGAGGUCAUACUGGGGAGAAACCCAAUAAAUGUAAUGAAUGUGGCAAAGCCUUUAACCGUGUAUUUUUCCUUACUCAACAUCAGAAAAUUCAUACUGGAGAGAAGGCUUACCACUGUAAAGACUGUGGCAAAGCAUUUAAGCAGAGGUCCAGCCUUACUCAGCACCAGAGAGUGCACACUGGAGACAAGCCCUAUCAUUGUAAGCACUGUGGCAAAGCUUUUACCCAGAGGUCCAGCUUUACACGACACCAGAGGAUCCACACUGGAGAAAAGCCCUACAAGUGUCAAGACUGUGACAAAGCCUUCAGCCGGAACUUACUUCUCAUUCAACACCAGAGAAUUCACACAGGAGAGAAGCCUUACCAUUGUCAAGAUUGUGGCAGAGCGUUUAAUCAAAGGUCAAGCCUUACUCAACAUCAGAGGGUUCACACUGGGGACAAGCCCUUCUGCUGUAAAGACUGUGGCAAGGCUUUUACCCAGAGGUCAAGCUUUAAUCGACACCAGAGAGUUCAUACUGGAGAGAAGCCCUACAAAUGUAAAGAGUGUGACGGCACCUUUAAAUCCAGUUCCCACCUUGCCGAACACCAGUGCACCUCAUUAGGCAGCUGCUUCGAAGACACAAAAUUUCUCCAAUAUAUAUGAGUUUAUUGUUCUGUUACAGCAGGUUAGCAAACACAGAUGCAUUUAUCUUGAAAACAAGUAAUAUGUUUGAUUAUACAAAAUGUACUUCCUGUUGCAAUACCUAACUGGAUUUCCAGAGCCAUAUCCUGAUUUAAUUAAGUAAUAAUAUUUUUCUUUCUUGUCAUUUUGUCAACUGGUUCUGUGUUAAUAGUUGCAUUCUCAAAUGUAUUUCCCAAACUUUGUCCAGACUGUAUACAUAAAACAUAUACACUGUCCAGUGUAUACAUAAAAGUAUACAGCAGGCUCCACACUGGAGAAGUCUUUGGCUAGGAUUUACACAACUAAAUUGUGUAGCAUAGUGCUUGGCUGUCUCCCCCCAGAAACAUAUAGAAUUGUGUUUACUGUCCCUUCUACAACAUAGUUAAGAUGAGAUUUUCAUGAUGACAACCACAAGAAGCAUCUUUAACCCUGCAUGUGUAUUUUUUUCUUCAGUCAUGAAACAAAACUAUAGAGCCCAGAUAGCAAAAAGAAAGAAAAAAACUAAAAGUAUACAUUGAGUUGGUCUGAGGAUCCUGACUUCUGAGUCUACUGCUAAAAAGACUGCAAAUAUAUAGAUGGUGCAUGCUGGAUCCACACUUUUAUAUAAUUAAAUUACAUUUGGGGGGUGUUGUGUGCCACAGCAUUCAUGUGAGAGUCAGAGGAUGGCUUCCAGCCCAUUCUCUCUGUCAUUUCGUGUUGUUGAACUCGGCUCAUCAGGCUUUGCUGCAAGUGCCUUCACCUGCUGAGUUAUCUCUUCGGUCAUUGGAUUUUAGGGUCUGGGACUUUUCUGGCCUCUGCCACACAGACCGCUGCUGUUUUCUGCCCUUUUUUAAUCAGAAAGUUAGGCAGACCACCUACUACAAUUGCAUCACAGUGCAUAUAAUCUCCCUGUGACUUGAAGACAUGACCAUAUUUAAAAAUGAGAAUGUACAGAAAAUGUAGGGAGACAAUUUUAUGUUGAGUGUUCAAAACAGACUCCAUAAAGCUAAAGGCCUUCUGGGGUAAGUUCUUCAGAUCAUGUCAAGUGAGAUGUGGCUGUGUUAGAAUCCUGAUGGUGAGUGCAGAAUCUGUAAGGGCAGAGAAGCACUGACAUCAUACUCUGAUGUGAUGCAUUGUCAGAAGAGAGAAGAGAUGAUAUUGAUGGGAGAUAAGCAGCAUCUAGUUCAGAGCUGUGGAACAGCCGCCUGUAAGCUGUAUACGGGGAGUGCCGUCUUCCUCCCUGGUGGGGAAUCAGUUUUAUCACACUGUCUAGGGUCUGUACCAGGGCUCUUUCUUUCUCUGUGUUGGCCUAGUCAACCCAACCCUCAUCAGCCUAGAUCAGUAUUUGGGCAUUAAGACCAGGAUCAUUGAGCCCGUCUCACUGCAUGUAGUACCUGGCAAGUACUUAGGGGUUUAGAUUUCACAUUUUGAUCAGGUUAUCCAUAUGCCUACCUUCUUCCAUUUCAUGGGACUGUAUGGUGCAGAAUUCCUUCAUGGAAGCAUUUUUGCUUCUAUAGGGAAAUCAUUCCAGUUUCCUGGUACGCAAAUGGUGAAACCCAUGGUCCUCUAAAGGCAAAAUACACUCAAGAAUUUCUUCACAUAGCUCUUCCAAGGCAACAAAACAAUCACAAGGCACUCAUGGCUGGAAACUUCUAGAAAACUUCAAUGCAACGCAAGUGGAUAAAUAAUUGAACUUUGUAUGAUUUGAUCAACACAAAGGAGGAAAACAGUGAUUGACACGUUUGAAUUUGUUUGGGAAGGUUUUCUUCAAUUGUAUUGCUUAUCCUGAUUCACUUCCACAAAGGCAUUUUCUAGAAAAGUUGUUAUUUCUAUUUGUGUUGUUUUUACCUUGCUGAAAAAUUUAGACACUCACUAUCUUAGAGAAAGUUAAAGAGAUAACUUGGUUGUUGUCUCGUGUUAUUAAGUGGGAAAAUAGUUGUAGUUUGUUCUCUGUUGCUGUAAUAAAUACCACAAUCAAAAACAACUUAGGGAAGACGAGGUUGUUGAGGAUAGGAACUAAAGCAGGAGCAGGGGAUGGAAUCGUGUAAGAAAGGUGCUUCCUGUAGCGCAUGCUCAGCCAGCUUCCCUGAACCAGGACUGCCUGCCUGCCUAGGGGUGGCACUUGUCUACAGCAGACCACAUUAGUCAACACUUAAAACCAUUUCAGACGUGGCCAUAGGCCACUCCGAUCUGGGCAAUUCCUCACUCCCUCAACUGAGACUCUCACUUUCCCCGUGAUGUUCUCAAUUCUCUGCAUUAAAAAUAAACGAGCCAUACAGAAACAAAAAGAGAACAGUUCUGACGUCUGUACAUUUAAAUGAUAAAACAGCACCAAAAUUCUAGGUCUUAUGUCAAUUAACGCAAACAUUAUGAAGACUCCAGCUCACAGUUUCACAAUAUUCUAUGAGUACAUAAUGCUUGCUUAAAUAGACAUGUUCUAAGUGACUAUAUACAUCUUGUAUUCUAAAUUGUAACUUAUGAACAGUUGCCUACAGCAUAUUUUAAAAACGCAAAGAAUGAUUUAAGAUCUGCAGGAUCCACUGAGAACUAAGAACAUUUGUUUUGAGAACUGAUAGUUUGCAUGCACUUUUUUUUUUCUAGCUUAGUGCUACAGCUGGUGGAUGUAAAUGCUAGCAAGAAAUGUGCUUAAGAUGUCAGUUCAUGAGUGCCCCCUCUAGUUCCACCAAACUCACAGAGUCUCAAUUCCUUAGACUGGGGUUCUACAAUACCACUUGGUUUUUCUUCCUUCAAAUGCAAGGUCACUAGCAUAAAGCUGUUGUCGACAUGUUUAGUUUUUUGACAAUGCCAUGCUAUUCUGUAUAUUUGUUUGUUUGUUUGGCUUGUGAGGCCCUAUUCUGGAUGUCUGUUUUUUUCUUUUUAAACAUCUAAUUGAUUCUUUGUGAAUUUUAUAUCAUACACCCCCGUACCACUUAUCUCCCCAUCCCUCCAUACCCACCCUCUGCCUUGCAACCCACCCCCCCAACAGAGAAAAAAAAUCUCGAUGUGGAAGCUGUGGCAUGUCAGUGUGUCUCAUAGUGUGUCUCACAGUGUGUCCUUUUGUCCAAACAGCUCUACUUGCAAACGUUCAUUCCAAGAGUCAUUGGUGUGGUUCGAGGCCUCUGGCUUCUGCUACACCAUCAAUGCUGGAUCCUCCCCUCGGCUCCUCUCAGGUAUCUUCUUGUUGCCCUGUGUCAUGGAGAUCCUGCAGCUUUGGAUCUCCAGGACCAGCCCCUUCGUUUGCCCCAGCAGUUAAUAGAUGGGGUAGAUGUUGGAGUGGGUGGAUACUUCAUAUUAAUUGACAUAUGACCUGGAAUUUGGGUAUUGCACAGUGUAAAGUAUUUAAAGGAGUGAGUGUAUAAGACAUCAGUUGAAAGAUUGCCAAUAGCUGUACCAAGUACUCAGGGACAGAAAGAGUAGGACCAAGAGGAGCAACUGCAGCCAGCUCAUGAACUCCCUCUGGCUGUGGGGCUAACGUUACAAAGGUCAUCACAGUAAAUGAAAUGCCAGCAGCUCUUCUCCCAUUGGAAGACACCAACCUACAUACCCAGUGAAUUUGUCAAAGAGACAAAUUCAAUUUAAUGGAGCAACAAGUGUGUUCCACAGAUGACUGCAAGGAAAAAAAGGAAAACUGAACAAUGUAGAAUUUACAUAGAAAAACGAACAUAGACAUAAAUUUCGAGUUACACAAAAAUCCACCAGAAUGUGUUUUAUUACUUAAUUGGAAAAUUCUAUAGAAGAAGGUCUACACAGCCCAUGUCCUUUAAAAAAGGUGACAACUAGAUGGUCCAGUGGGUAAAGGUACCUGCUGCAAUUUGAGUUCAAUCCCCAAGACCUACAUGGUGAAAAGCAAGAACUGACUCUCACAGGUUUGUAUUCUGACCUAAACACAAAAGUAAAUAAAUACAUAAUUUUAAAAAGA